GAAGAAAUAGUUCAAGUGUCAAGAGUGAUUUGUUGGCAGGGUGGAUUCGUCUUAAGAUAAGCGCCGCAAUAUCACAAAAAUGAGUGAGUCUGAUAGUGACGACUGGUUCAACAAGGACCUUGAGGACUUUAAAGUGACGAGGAAAAGAGAAUCAGAAGAAGGGAGUAAAGAUAGAGGAGCCAUCAGAGAUGAAGCAACCAAUGUAAGCUCGAUAGUCGGGGAUUCCCCGAGUUGCGCAACAGCAGAAACGCGUGGAGACGAGCUUGGAGAACUUGAAAGCUACUGGAGCUUUGCAAAUUGUCCUCCUGAAUAUUCCUGGAGAAGACCGUUCAAAGGAGGUCCAACUCAUUCCCGGAAACCAUUGCGAAACAUGAGCGAAGAGGUCGGCAAGGCGUCAAAAAGCGGCUCUCUCUUUGGAGCUCAAGCUGAGUUGAAUCCGGAGUGCAGCUCACACACUUACAAGAGACCACGCAAGAAGGAAACGGAUCGGAAAGUCAGUAAGAAUCAGCUCUUUUCCAUUGCAAAAAUGGACUCAAUUGAGGUCUUCUUGGAGAUCAUGUACAACCUGGAUAAUAUGCAGGAACUUUUCCUUGAUAAGAAGCUAUCACAUGGAACAAUCGUUCUGAUGAUUGUCAUCCUUGGGAAAAUGCAUGAACUUCCAAUGACGAAGCAUUUGGAGAGCCUUGCAGUGAGGAUUUUCGGGUCUGAUAUUGUACUGCGCGACAAUAUCUUGGAUUACGUGAGAUUUGCAGUGGAUUUGGAGGAGAAGAAGAAACCGAAUUCACUGCCUUUUGCCGCUCAAGUCUGGGGCUGUUUGGAGAGUUUCUGCAGCUUUGCGAAGAGAAUUGAAGGAAGUAGGAAUUGUUGGGCUUAUUUUACUCGCGCCAUUUGCAGAAUCCUUGAAGGCAAGACUGAAGGAUCUCUGCAGACGAAGUACGCAAUCUUCUCUAAGAUCAGAGACGAAAUAGAGAAUAACUGGAGAUUCACUGACUCCAAAGAGGCCACUAUGAGUGAUCUCGAGAGUGAACCAGUUCUGCAGUGUCCAGAAACGACGAAUGGAAAGUUCCAAGACGUUGAAAGCUACCUGACAUUCAACAUUGUGUUCCUGAAAAGCCAUUUCCUCACUCCUCUGUACAACGGCGUGCAAGAGUGUCGCAAACUGACGAAAGAGGAAAAGCAAGACGUCGUCCUUAAGAAUAUCGGAGGAACAAACGUCUUCCCUUGUGUAAGGAUUCGCAAAAGUUACCCGUCGAUCAUGAGUCCAAAUGAUAAGUUCUUCAUCCUAGACUUAGUGCCUCACGAUCGAGUGGAUUACAAAUUGCCACAAGAUUUGAAGGAGAAGAUCAACGAUGCUGAUAUUUUUUUAGAAGGUGGAACUUUCUUGUUCAUGUCAACCACAUCGAGCUUCAAAGAUGCCAAACCUGUGAUUCCACUUUCAGCUCUUUACAUCGUUGGCGACAUUGAAGCUUACGCCAAAGAGAACGAAAAGUGGCGAAUCAUCAAGAACAGACUGGAAGCGAAGGAAGCGAUUGGGUCUGGAUUGCCGAUCAAAUGCGAGAAGCACGGAAGUGAGAUGAUCAUGCGCGGCCCAGAAGACUUUCUGGAGUUUGCUGAAGAAGGAUGUUCAAUUGGAAAGACCCUCGGCGAAUCUUGUCUGUAAAAUCUGCAUUUCAACGUGAUUCACUGCCUUCACUGAGCCGUUAUUCAUUUCUUAAAACACCAAGAAAGAAGGUGGAGAAUCACUUCAUGGACAGAGAUAAAAGAGCUCUUCAUAUCAUCGCACUUUUUCUUAUGGAACUUGGAUUGAAAUUUGGAAUGAGACAGAAUUGAUCUUGUACUUUUUGAAAUAAAUACGUUAUUAAUGUUGAGAAUCAACCACAGAAUUUGCAAGUC